UGCAAAUUCAAGAUGAUGGGGGAUUCUUAAGCUUGAUGCGCGAAUACUUCGCCUCACUUGGUGACUCUGCGCAUCCAGAGUCUGCAGAUCCUCGAACAAGGGCGAUAACACGCUUCCAAGAGCUACUUCUCAUCUCGUUCUGGGAGUUCGCUGUGAUUUCCGACGAGACCAUUCUCUCCGAACGUAGAAAGCACAGAAACGAAAUUGUCAACAGCAUUGAGUCCUUCUCUAAGCGCUGGGUUCAUAUACGAUGCUUUGUACAAGGCCAUAUGUGAAGUUCCACCACCACCAGCUGUUGCUCCACCGCCAUCGCUCUUGGCCACGAAUGAUGGGCACCAAGAACGAGCGGAGACUAGGAUUGGUAUACCGACUUU